GUGUUCGCGUUUCCCUCUUCAACUCUUUUCACCCUCUCAAGUGUUGAACCGAAGCUUGCGAUCAUUUUUCACGCGGAAAAUCUGUUGAAGCGCCAGUGAAUUUAUUUGAGUGCCGCCAAUGAAAUAUCUCAAAAUUGCAUUAAAUUGAACCGUGUUCCGGAAAAUCUCUUCUUAUUCGAGGAAAUCAAUGGAUAAUGGGCAUUUGCUUGGACACAGAAGCAAAUUCCUCUGCUCAGGAUCCAGAAGAUCCGGGUGCCGAUUGGAAAGGAGGAGGAGGAAGACGAUCAACAGUCCUCAACACGCCGCUCAGUGGAAAUUUCCCCAUGCAGAAUGCCGGGAAAGUGAAAUUCGAUCCCCCAAAAGUGCCUGUCUUAUUUGUCUUAGGUGGUCCAGGUAGUGGUAAAGUGACCCAUUGUGAUACACUUAUGCAAGAAAAGCGCGGCGUAGUUCACAUCAACAUGAUGGAUUUGCUUCAGCAAUACGCAAUUGGCAAUGAUAUGCAAGAUUUCUCACAACUUUCAUCGAAAACCGUCACGGAAGUUCUAAUGCUAGAGAUGAAAAUGGCGCCAGCAGCAAAGGCAUAUCUUGUGUCUGGAUUUCCACGAUCAAUGAGAGAUGUUGUGGAAUACACAGAAAAGAUUCAAGUGGUGAACGGGGUGAUAUUGAUAUCGUGGCGACAAGCAGUGCUGCAGAAGCAGAUAGAUUAUGGCGCGAAGCUCGGUCACGUUGUGCUCUCCUUGGCCAAGAUGGAGCUGGAGAAUUUCUUCAAAAACGUAAUGCCCGUGGCGGAUUAUUUCGAUCAGAGCGACCUCUUGCUGGCCGUUAACGGCGAAAGAUCACCGUCUGAGGUGUACAAGGAUUUCCGCGAGGCCGUGUUGGAAAUAUUGGGUGCUCAAGAAAACCAGGAAGCACUUCUGAAUGGGAUUUCAGGUAUGGGGCAUGGCUCCAAUGAAAUUCCUGGCAGUAUUGUUAGUGUAGAAACAGCCCCUGGUCACAGUAAGGUCAUUACAGCUGAUGACACUACCUUUGACCGUGUGAACCAACAACGUCACGAUACACCGAAGCCCCGAAAUCUCUACGACAGUCACGCAAUGCAGCGAUUGGACAUUAUUCCGCCAGUUAUAUUUGUCAUUGGUGGCCCGGGAAGCAAUAAGGCAUCGCUAUGCAUAAAGGCGAUAGGAAUGAAUCCCGGAUGGGGUCACAUCAGCGUUGGUCGUCUCUUCCGAGCACUGGCAGAAUCGGAAGCCAAACCAAAUACAGAAGCUUUCACUGUGAAGGAAGCCAUCGCCGAAGGUGAAUUAGUGCCUCACCAGAUCAUCGAGAGACUCUUGCAGGAUAAUUUUGUGAAGAUGAGAGACAAGAAGGGCAUCCUCGUUGACGGUUAUCCCAGGGAUCUCGAGCAAUUGAACAGCUUUGAGCAAAAGUUCAAGCAAAGCCCUCAAAUUAUUCUGCUCGAUUGCUCAAAAUUACAAUUGGGCCGCGGACGUCUUGACGACACUGUGAGCUCCUUUCGACGACGCCUGGAACUGUUUCGUGAGAAAACACUGCCAAUGCUCAAGCAAAUCGACAGUACAGGUCGUCUCACCAUUGUCGACGGAGACACAGACAGUCCGUCUGUCGCUCGUGAGUUCGAGAGAGUUAUCAGGCAACUUGUCCACAGUAUCGAGACAUCAUCGUCAUCAACAUCAACGACAACGACAACAGGACAGUUGUACGGACGCAGUGAGCGAAAGCAAGGCAGCAGUGAACAAGCAAUGGAGGAUUUCAACUCUGCACCCGGUGUUGUUCCCACGAUUAGUGGCCAAAUGGAUGAUCUGCGCAUCAGACACGACCAAGUGUCCUCGCGGCCCCUGAAUGGCCACAUACCGAAUGGAAAGCCAAACUUGAGGGCCAUGUUGCGUGAUGCAAACGAUCAUCCCCUAGAUUCACACAUUUAGAAUCUUUAUAAAACCCUUUAGGAUAGGAAUCUCAGAGACUGUACACAGUAUGAAUAGUUCUUUCUUUUGAUCCUUUCGUUAUGAUUCUUAAGUGUAAACAUCCAUAGUUCAAAAGAAUAAAAUGAUAUCUCGCUAAGGGGAUAAUCUUGUAAUGCUCCAAAUAGAUAUUCUGUGUAUUUUUGAUAUGUAAAGAGAGAAUAUUUGCAAAUUCUUAUAUACUUGAAUUUUUUCAUGAUCAAACAGAGUCCAUUAAACAUUGCAAAUUUCAGGGGAAAUUAGUGAAAUGCAAAAACAGACAAAACUGUAUUCAAUAAGUUGUUAUGUUGACAUGAAUAAAACA